AUGAACCAAGUUUACUGCAUCAGGAACAUUUCCUCUUUCGAGCAAGACAGUGUUUGGUCCUGGUUCAUUUGUUUUUGUUGCUCAAUAUGCCUGAUGAUGUCUGUUGGAUUAAACUAUGCUCUAGGCGUACUUUUCCCUGUUCUUAUGGAGUCUUUCAACGAAAGCAGAGAAAGAACAGGUAAGUUGAACAAUUUGCCUUCCACGCUAUCUUUGGGACCGCUGCUAUGAUUUCUUGCCAGAGUGAGCAAAGCUAUUAGCGCCUUUAAUAUUAAAAAUGCAGUAAAAUUAGAUCCAAGCGGUUUCAUCACAAAUCAGUUGACGUAUGGCUUUUUUCACUGAGACAGGAACGUAUCGGCUCCUGGCAGAGAUAAUAAUGAUAUGUCCUUACGGCCCUCACAUAUGCUACUAGCAGCUGAAAAAGAAUAAAUGUCCACCUUUUAAAUAAUUUUUCAGAGCCCGUUAAUUAAAUACAUCUUUGAACGUUACAUUUACAUAACACGAGGAUAACAAUUGGGUUUUACAGUCAGCAAAAAUUCACACGAUUCUGAUGGUACAAAGGUCAAUUUUUAGUACUCGUGAGAGAAGAAAGCUUUCCACAUUGAGAAAGUAGUAGGAUAGAUCAGGGGCCGGACCGGGGAGCUCCCCGCCGCGUGUUGCCUUUACUCGCGUGAGGAGAUUUUCACGCGCGCUCCCGUUUCGCUCGCUCGCUCUACUAUCCCUGAGGAAAAAUGGGGACUACUCGUAGUCUAGAAGUGGGGUAAAGACGCGCAUUCUACGAAUUUCAUUCUAGGGGUCGUAUAAUAGUAGAGAGGUAAGGGGCUGACCGUUCGACUUUCGCGGGGAGGAUGGGUGAUUUCCGAAAAAAAUAUCGUACAGACUGAUGUUCGUCCGCAGUCAUUAUCUUCAGCGGUUUUCCGGGGCAUUGGAUAAUAUUUUACCAGUUUGAUAAGAUGGUUAUCAUUAGAUCUCAUUGACUGUAGCCCCUUCGGACACCUCAUGAAAUUUACACAAUGUAGUUUCCCCCUUUUCUCAUUAGGGUUAAGGCCUUAAUACUUAGGGUUGUUAAGCACCGUUUCGAAACUGGUUAGCGUUUUUUUUUUGGUUGGGGUUGAUGCUAUAUGUACUUAAAUUAUUUCCACACCAUCCAACAAAUCCUAGGUGGUCUAAUGGUUAGUGUGAUAUACUGGGUUUUCUGCAUCUGCUGCAAAGCAUUUUUUGGGUUUUCUGCAUAAUAGAGUCAUAAUACGAAAUAGAUUUCCUCAGUCAUAAUUUAAGUUUUCUUUCUAGUUGCAGCCUUGCCGCUUUUUCCUUUGUAAACUCAUGAUCUUUUUGAUCCCUUAAAGGUGAAAAAAGGUGCUUGGUUGACAUUGAGUGUGUAGUUGGCAUAAAAUAUAAAUGACUGGUAAAUUUUUGUUUUGUUUACAGCAUGGGUAAGUUCUAUCACCAUGGCAGUGUUUCUCAUCUUUGGUCCUUUUAUGGGUGCCUUUGUGAACCGCUUCGGCUGCCGCAUCACCAUUACUGUAGGCUGUCUGGUCUGUGCCACAGGCCUAGUUUUGGGAUCUCUGGCUCCAAACAUCGUAAUUCUUUAUCUUGCUUUUAGUGUACCAUUCGGGAUCGGGAUGUCGUCCUUAUACAUCUCUUCGCCUGUAGCUGUGAGCCAGUACUUCAGCAAGAGGAGAGCACUUGCACUAGCGACUGCCACCUCGGGACCAGGGCUCGGGACAAUGAUAUAUGGUCCCACACUACAAGCUUUAGUGGACGCUUUUGACUGGAGAAACACCAUGCGUAUUUUGGCUGGUUUGUUGGCUGUUGCCUCUUUCACUGGGUGUUUUGUGAAAAGCAACAGUUCUUUGUCGGGUCAACGCCAGGACAUGAAUGCCAAGAAGUUUAGUUUGAAUUUUUCUGCAUGCAAGAAUCCAAGGUUUCUCAUGUUGUUGGCUAUGGCAGUUGUGAGUAAUUUUGGUCGCAUUGUACCUUACGUACAUUUGGUGAGUAUGAAUUGUUUUUACUACAACCUAACUCCUUGCAAAUGAACAAUGGAAUGGUACCCAUGUAGGGGAAUCCAAGACAGUCUUGAAUACUGGAUUCUAUGCCUUGGAUUCCAGAUUCUGGGCACUGAGUUUUAGUCUUUAAAUGGAUCAUUAGUAGGAUUGCUUGAGCUGUAAUCCGGAUUCCAAAGCCCAGGAUUCCAGAUUCCACAAGCCAUUAAAUUUUCCAGGAUUCCAGAUUCCACAAGCAAAAAUUUCACGGAUUCCAGAAUCUCUUACAUGAGGCGACUGGAAAAUCAGGAGUGUGUUACCAUGAACUGGUAAAAAACAAAAGGUGCAAGUGCCCUUAUUACACGUCAAGUCAACAAGCAACACCGUAUACACAGGAAAAAAUAACGGAUUUCCAUUUUUGGAUAUUUUAGGGUAUUUAAAGAAUACCCAUAAAAAUCCCAAAUUUUGCAAAAUGAGACAAGUCCCAACGAGGGAAUUCCCAACCAAGUUCCCUGAUUGGGACUUGUCUCACUCUUCCAAAUUUGGGAUUUUUGUGGGUAUUCUUUAAAUACCCUAAAAUAUCCAAAAAUGGGAAUCUGUUAUUUUUUCCUGUGGUAUCACUGCUGCAUGUCUCUAGAGGAAUUAUAUAAACUGAAGGAGGGUCGCCCUAUUAGUAUAUUUCCUCACUAUAUCAGUACUGCUUUAACAAAGCCAAAUGUGAACUACAGAAAUACAAAACUGUUAAAUGAAGAUAUGAUCAUCGCAGUUGUAAUGGGAGUUUACCCAAUUGCAAAUUAAUAUGAAAAAAUUCUUAGAGGCUCAAACAGGAUUCGAACCCAUGGCCUCUGGGUUAGCGCUGCAGAGCUCUAUCAGCUGAGCUAUGAAGACCCACUAAAGGAGUUAUUGUGAGUCAGUCAGGGUACUCGACGACAGAUCCCCUGCAAGACAAUAAGGGUCUUAAUUUAGGAAAGUUUGGGCUGCUCAUGCAAGAAUUAACCCAUCUGAUGCUGGACACUACAGUAUAUACCAAGGGUAAUGCACACAAUGACAUGUACAGCAUGACACUUUUUUGUGGUGGAAAGAGGGCAAACAUUUAUAAAGACACUACUAGUCUUUCCAUUGAUUGACAGGCCAUGUCUUUGCACAACAGGGCAAAGUUCAGUUGAAGCUCCCCUUGUUUUAAAACUUGACACAUGAACAAUACUCAUUGGGGCUGCCAUGUUAGAAGCAAGUAUCCCUACCUACUGAAUUUUUCUUUUUACGGUACCUGCAUAUUUUCUUUCAGAUAAAACACUGUGAUGACCUUGGAAUUCCUCCUGGCAAGAGUACUACGCUUUUUCUGCUUAUUGGAUUAUUUGCAUCAACUGGCCGACUCAUGGCCGGCUUUCUUUGUGACAUUAGAUUCAUUAACUCCCAGUUCCUUUACCAGGCAGCUGUGUUCACAGUGGGCGCCUCCACCCUUCUUCUCAUUCCUGCAAAGACAUAUGCUUCCGUGGCUGUUGUCAUCGUUCUGUUCAGUCUGGCGGACGGGUUGAUGAUAUCAACAUUUAUUAUUGAUCUAUUUAAGUCCAUGAAGGAAUCUCAAAGAGCCUCUUGCCUCGGGUUUGCCAUGUUCAUGGGUGGAGUGUUUGUAUUUUUUGCUCCCCCUCUGUCAGGUUAGUAUUUCAUUGUUCUAUUGAAAAUCUAGUUUCUUUGAAAUUCUUAAAUGGCUGCUAUUGGAGUUGUCGCAGCUCAUCUAAGGAGCCUUUUAGAGAGUCAAAACAGCCGAUAUUUCGUGACAUCACCACUGGGUUCCUCACGAAAAGACAUCUGAGGAACAAGCGCAGAAAAGCAAAUUUUCAACCACUCUGGACCACUACCCAGAUCUGGGUAGUGACAUGCCAACGGUAUGGCAUAUUUGUGCUUUCUCCUCAGUCCUCAUUUUGAGGGAAACCAGUGGUGGUUUAUCAGGCUUAGGGCGCAUUCCAAUUGUCAGAACUGACUGGCCAGACCAUUCCUGUGGUAAUGAGAAUUUCACUUUAAUCAAUUCUAUCCAGCCAGAUCGGGCAAAUCCUAAACAGUAUGGACAAAGGAAAUGGUUUUUCAGCAAAUACUCUUGGAAAAAGCGGAUUUAAUUUGCUAAACUGACUGGUCUGGCCAGCCAGUUCUGACAAAAUAUGGAAAGUGCCGUACCCAACAGUUCCAUCAUUUUCUUGUGAAAUGUUGACUGUUUUCCCAGGCUAUUGGUUACUCGACGGAAUUUUCUUUAUCAUAACUUGUCAGUGCCAGUUAAUCCUUUAGGGGAGAUAUCUUUGAAAAUGUCCACUGAGCACUCCUGUAUCAUGAUUAAUAUCGGGGAGUCACCAUUCUUUCUUGUUAGCCAUUCCCAGAAGAAAUGCAGGGCGAAAUACUUAUUUAUUAACUAGGUGCGAGACCACAAACCUCUCUUUGAACACAGGUUAUCUUAAAACCAACACACCAAACAUGUGUCUGUUUUUAUUUUCUCGCUAGGACUGAUAGCGGACAAGUACGGGAACUACACAUUUGCUUUCCUAAUGUCCGGUGGAGUACUAGUGAUUGGAUCGCUGUUUCCUUUUUUUCUGCUGUGCAGUAAACAAAAAAAUGUCGAGGAAAAUGAGGGUGUAGAGCACCUAGAAGUACUAAUGGACAGGGAUCAAGUACAGAUAAAGAAAAAUAGUGAGAGUAAUAAUCUGUCACCAACGACGGUGUGGGUGAUGCAGGAUUCAGUGUCCUCAAGUGAAGUGGUUGCAAGAUCCACCAAUAAAUUGGCCACUGCCAAGAGACCAGUUUCUUUUUUGUGGGCCAUGGAAAGCCCGUUUAACCUUCCACCUCCUUUAAGAACGUCAAACUAA